AUGAAGCCCUUCAUACAAGACGUGACGGUGUGUAACAGGGCCACUUUAAUGAAGUGUCCGACACAAAAUGCACACCACAUCUGGUCUGUUGUGGCAAAUUGCUGCGCUUAUGAAGGAGGCUGGACGAGCCUUCCUGUUUGCUCUGUAUGCAGAAUAUCCUCGUCAAUAUCCAUCUUGACAGCGAAAUCAGUCAACCGAAGUGGGACAGCGAAACUUUACGUUUUCUGCCCGACUACUCGCCUAGAAACCCCUCGUGCAGAUACGACUCUCAGCCCAUCUGAUUGCACGACGCAUCAAACUUCGUCCAAAACGGACGCUGUAGAUUCCAUCAUGGUUGAGUUGAGUUGGUCUGUAGGCAAGACCAAGGCCGAUUGGGCCUUAUCAAUGCCACGACGCGAAUUAAACCCAUUUUCGCGUCAUCACAUUAUAUCGACGACUCAUACUACUUACUAA